AAUUUUCAUUAUCAACAGUUAAAUUUGUUGAAGCUAUUUCGAUACUUCAACAAAAAUUUAAUAAUCGAUUUCAAGAUUUCAAGUAUUUUCAACUACUCGCCAAUCCGUUUAAUAUUGAUGUUGAAGAUAUAUCUGUUGAGCUUCUAAUGGAAAUAAUAGAUUUGCAGCCACAAAGUAUCUUAAAAGACUCAUUCGAAGCAUCGCCUUUACUUUUUUUCGCUGAACUUCCUGCAUCAUUUUCAAAAAUUAAAAAUAUAGCUGCAAAAUACUUCAGUAUGUUUGGAUCCUCUUACAUAUGUGAACAGGCUUUUUCUCAUAUGAAAAAAAUUAAAAAUCCAUACCGUUCACGCUUAACUGAUGACCAUCUCCACCAUGUACUUAGAGCCAGCACAAGUAAUUUUAAUGUGGAAAUCGAAAAAAUAAUAAACAAUAUUCAACAACAAAAAUCACAUUAA